AUGACGAGACUUACAGUGAAACAGUUUGAAGAACUACUUAAUCUAAGUAAAUCAAUGUUGGAAAAGAAUAGUAGAAGAGAAUUUCUGGAUCCUAAAUUUCGUCUAGCAUUUACGGUAUGCUUCUUAGCAUCAGGCGAUAGUUUUUCUUCAAUGGUCAGAUAUUGGCGCAUAGGCAAAUCGACAUCUUAUAAAGUGGUUAUAGAAACAUGCAAUGCUAUUUGGCAAUGUCUUCGAGGAAUAUAUUUGAAACCUCCUUCUCAAGAGGAGUGGGAAAAUAUUGAAAAAGGUUUUUAUAAUAGAUGGGAUUUUCCUAACUGUGUUGGGGCUUUGGACGGGAAGCACAUCCGUGUGCAAUGUCCACCUAAUUCUGAUUCAGCGUACUACAACUACAAAGGAUAUUACAGUAUGGUAUUGGUAGCCACGUGUGAUGCAAAUUAUGUAUUUACCUUUAUAGAUAUUGGAGAUUAUGGAUCACUGUCAGACACAAGUAUUCUUAGUGCAUCGGCAUUUGGACAAGCUUUGGAGCGUAAUGAAUUAGAUCUGCCAACACCGAAGUCAUUGCCAAACUCAACAGUAGUAGCUCAUCAUUAUUUCGUCGGUGAUGAAAUUUUUCCUUUGCGAUUAAAUCUAUUGCGACCAUAUGCAAGAAAAAACUUACUGGGAAUCGCGCAAAAAGUUUUCAAUUAUAGAUUUUCAAGGGCACGACGUGUUAUUGAGAACGCCUUUGGAAUUCUCACUACCAGAUGGAGAGUACUGAGAACCACAUUGGCCCUAUAUCCAGAUAAUGUGGAGCUUAUAAUUUGUGCUACAGUCUGUUUACACAAUUUUAUUAUGAAAAGAGAACACGUUGCUGGAUUCCAAUCAUACUGUCCACCUGGUUAUGUAGACUAUUAUGAUGAUAAUGGCAAUAUUGUUCUCGGUUUGUGGCGAGAUGAAAACAUUCCUGUAUGUGUAACACGACUCAAUCGAGUGGGGUCUAACCGUGCUGCCACAAUUGCAAUAAAGCAACAAGACACAUGA